AUGGAUCAUAAGGGCAGUAAUAAUGCAAAUAACAUAGGCAAUACCAAUAACGAUAACGUUGACAACUCUCAGAGAGAUACGAGCAAUAAUGGCACCAGGGACUUUUACAUGCCACAGUCUGAACCGCCUGGCACCUCGCUUCCGGGAUCUUCACCAACUCCUCCUUCCUCAACCCCUUUGGUUACCUCUCCUUUUCAUGAACCAUCAGCUGCUCCGGCAACUGCCGCUUCUUCUCCGACCUCUUCUAACACAAAUGUAAAUGUAUCACCCUCUACUCCGUCUACAUCGGUGAUGACGAUGACGAUGACAACAACUCAAGCUGCGACUCAUAAAACGCAGGCCGCUUUUGUGAACAAACUUUAUACAAUGGUGGAAGAUCAAACGAUUCAGCAUUUGAUCUCAUGGGCGCCUUCGGGUGACGUUUUCAGUGUUUCGAAUCCAACAGAAUUUUCAAAAUCAGUCUUACCACAAUAUUUUAAACAUAAUAAUUGGCAGAGUUUUGUUAGACAAUUAAAUAUGUAUGGAUUUCAUAAAGUAAAUGACAUGUUUCAUGCGAACCCUUCGAGUGAAAGUCAGGCUUGGGAGUUUAAGCAUCCGGAUUUUCGUCGUGGACAACUUUUAGCCUUGCAAAAUAUUAAACGUAAAAGUUCAAAGCCUGCUAAUUCCAGCAGUAUAAAAGGAAAUAUAAGUAACUCGGGAACAGGUCAAAGUCCUUCUACUGAUAAUGAUGCUUUGCGUGAUGAUAGGAUUGAUAUUUUGACAACUCAAAUGUCUGAGAUGGUGGACAGGAUGCGUCAAAUGAGUGAAAAUUAUGGGUUAUUAUAUGCUGAAACUGUUUCUUGUAGAAUGUUACAGUCAAAACAUCAACAGGUAAUCACUGCCAUCACAAAUCUUCUUGCUUCCAUGUCUAGAGAAGAUGAUGCUAACGAUCCACGUAGUUUGAAACGAAAAUUUGAAAUGGAUUUGCUGCAAGCAGAAGUUGCAAAGUUGGGGCAAGCUGAUGUUCCUCAACCUUCUCAUUCUCCUAUGAUGCAACAUCCUACACAUUAUCCUAGAGAUCAUCCGACAAGAUCAAUGUCAACCCCACAACCAAUGAUAGGUGUGGAGCAUACAUCUAAUAUGCAUCAUAGUUCACAGAUGACAGAAGAUUAUCGUAUACCAUAUCCUGCCAACUCAAGUCAUCAUCGUCAACAGUCAAAAGUUCAAACAUCAAGUCCUUUAGCCAUGUUACCCGAAAUGCCAUUUACUUUUCAACCAAGUAACAAUUACUUACGGCAUCGAUCUCCUGAACCGAUACCAGGCGGCGGGAAUAGUAGAUCUGCGUCAAUGGAUACAUAUAAUAGAUCGGUAUCAAUGUCUACGGCUUCACCACCACAAUAUUCUCAUACAAAUUCACAUCGUCAGUCACACUCUUCACAUAUGUCAUCGUCAUUACCUUCACCCCAAAAUCGAAGAUCUUCGCAACCUGCUUCAUCGUUAAGCUUUGGUAGUGAUAGUAAUUUGUUAAAUCCAUCUGAAAAUAAUAGAUACAAGGACAAUAAUUUGCCUAUAAUAUCGCAGUCACAGUCUCAACAACGUCCACCAUCUUCCUCUUCUACCUCUCCUUCCCCUUUUAAAUCAGAGAAUCCGGUUGUAAAUAAUCCUUCAGCGGCACAAAUUAGGGCUACACCGUUAUCCGAUCCACCAGACAACAAUGAAGAGUAUAAAAGACGUAAAAGGAAUUAG